CGUCGGAACUGUAUUCCUUCCCAAACGCGGCUAAAUGUCGUUGUUGACAUUGCAUCGUUUACGCUAUUUCAACAUUUUAUCAAAGUUUAUCAGCGCAGUGAUGAGGUCAUCACGCAUGUCAUAGAAUGACUACCAUGGCUCGGUUUGUAAGCAGCAUGUGCUAAUUUAUUGCUGAAUUAAUACUGAGGCUAGGGGUAAUUUCCUACCCGGAGCUACUGCUCGAAAGGCUAAGCUAGCUAAGUGACUAGAGUAGCAGUCAAAACAAAAACUGACAUUGUAGAAGUUUUAAUCCAUCACUGCAAAUAUCUACAGACACCAAAAUGCCCCUGCCGCCUGAGUGGGAUGAUGACGAGCGGAUGAAUUUUCUUUUUUCCGAGUUUAAGGAUAACAGAGAAGUGAACACCACGGACUGGGACAGUAAGAUGGACUUCUGGACAGCUCUAAUUACACAGAGCUGUAGAGACAGGGGUUCAGUCUGUGUCAACCUGCAAGACCUCAACAAAACCUUCAGGAGGAAAGAGAAAUGUCCACUUGGUCUACCUACAGUGCUCCAAUCUAUGGCCAGGAGUGGCAAGCUUCAGAGGGAGUCAGAGUUUGCUGCCAGUGUGGACAGUGGCUGGCUGUCGUGGGGCGUGGGUCUUUUGUUAGUAAAGCCGCUCAAAUGGACUUUCUCUACUCUUCUGGGAAGCAGCCGUGUGCCUUUAGAGGAGUCAUUUGUUGUCAUUGAACUAGUUAAGGAGAAAGCGUCUGAAUUACUUCGAGCUUAUCGCAGCAGUGAGCUUUCAAACUCUUCAGUCCUCUCAUUUCAAGAGUUGUGUACCCUCUCAGCUGAUAUAUGUGCUGAUGAGAGCACCCUGUGCAUGGCUUUACUGCAGCUGCAGAGGGACAAACAAGUGAUGGUCUCAAUCCACGAGGGAGAGAAGAUUGUUAAAUUCACUCAGCCUGGACAGGAUCGAGUCUCUCCAGUCAAUGACGUAGACAUUGGCAUCUACCAGCUCCAGCGCAGUGAGAAGCUUCUUGGAGAACGGGUGGAAAAAUUGGGCAUUGAGGCUGAGAAAUGCAAAGAUGAAGCAAGGCUUCUUCUUCGAGAAGGAAAGAAAUCUCAGGCCCUAAGAUGUCUGAGAGGGCGUAAGAGAGUUGAGAAAAAGGCUGACAGUUUAUUUGCUAAACUUGAGACAAUCAGAGGAAUCCUGGAAAGAAUAGCUCAGUCACAGACCGAUAAGAUGGUCAUACAAGCAUAUCAGGCUGGCGUGUCAGCUUUGAGACUCUCUCUGAAGGAUGUGACUGUGGAGCGAGCUGAGAGCCUGGUGGAUCAAAUCCAGGAGUUAUGUGACACUCAAGACGAAGUGAAUCAGACUCUCUCUAGUGGCGUGGCUGGGGCAGAUGAAGAUAUGGAUGCCCUGGAGGAGGAGCUUAAGUCUUUGUUGGACGAUUCACAGGCUGAUAGAGCCCCAGGUUUACCUAAAGUCCCCUCAGACCGACUGCCCCAAACCACACCAGUCUCAGACCUGCUCAGCUCUCUGCCUGCUGUGCCUCACGGCCCCCUCACCAUCACUGAUGAGCAGCUGGAAGAGGAACUUAAUAAUCUGACCCUCGCUGAAUCAGGUUUACAACAAAAGAAAACUUCACCUGCCCAAAGACUAGAGUUUGCGCAGUAGCAAAUGGAGACCAGGUCUAUUUCAGUAAAAUAAGCAUAAACAUCUGAGCAAGAAGAAAUGUUUACUACAGUGUGAAAAUAUCAGAAAUGAGAACAAGGCACUUUUAAUCAGGAAAAUAAUUAUGCUUUUAUCAAGAAGGCACACCAAAAAGCAUUUAAAAUUGAUAUUUACCCAAGCUAAAUGUAGCUAUUUUAAACAGGCUUUAGUGCCUUCAUUGAAAUGUUUUGCUGCUCUUAUCACAUUGUGUUUGUGUUUGAAGGUGUUGGAUGUUUGUAUAUGUAUUUGUCAACAAUGCAUAUUGAGUGGCCUUAUAACUAUUAAGUAUAAAAGAAAAGCACAUCAGAUAUGCCAAAUAGGAUUUACUGUAACAAUGACUAUUGAGUGCCAUUGCCUCUCACCUCUGUGGAGUGGGAUGCCUGCCUAUCCAAAUGUCUAUCAAAAUAAAAAAUAUUUCAAUCAUUAA